CAUUGCCAGCCUCCUUUUCUUCCUUCUGCGCCCAGCGCGCUCAGAUGGGGGCGGAGGAGAAGGACCUGUCCGCAUGGAGUUCCGAGAAGCUUCGUGGAGCCUGUUGCUCUAUUCUGCAAGGGGUUGUAACGUCCGACGUCUCUUGGCAAACCAGCCACCCUGGUGAAGAAGGAAGAGACGGGUGGAGAGGAGAGGAGGCAGGCCCGAGGUGAUCGCCGCAGGUUAGACUUGCAGAUCUUUGGGAACGGUGGUCACAUUAAAACAGCCCCCCCCCCCUCCUCCCCAAUUGACAUAAACAGAAAAACCAAAGCUGAAAACUCUCCACUGGGAGGCAGUUGAGGAGGUCCUCAAAAAAGUAGCCUGCAGUGACAAGGCAAGAGUCAAACAGUAGAAGGGGAAGGAGAGACGACCCACUGCCCCAUCUUAUUUGGGCUGGCACUUAAAGGAGAGGAACCAGCUGGUGGAGACAGAACUUCCGACAUCCAGGAUGGGACAAGCCUGGCUGCUUCUUUGGCUCUGCCCCCUGCUUCUCCUCGGCCUCUGGGGCCAAAGCUCCUUCUCUAAUGAAAUCCUGGGCCUGAAACUGCCUCUGGAGCCUGUGCUGAAUGCAAACACUGUCUGCAUGAACUUGCCUGGUCUGACACGGCGGCAGUUGGAGGUUUGCAUACGGAAUCCUGAUGUGACGGCAUCAGCCAUUCAGGGCAUCCAGAUUGCCAUCCAUGAGUGCCAGCACCAGUUCCGUGAUCAGCGUUGGAACUGCUCUAGUCUGGAGACCAAGAAUAAAAUCCCCUACGAAAGCAUCAUCUUCAGCAAAGGUUUCCGUGAAAGUGCUUUUGUCUAUGCCAUUGCAGCUGCAGGAGUGGUACAUGCGGUCUCCAAUGCCUGCUCCUUGGGCAAACUGCAAGCCUGUGGCUGUGACCAGAAGCGCCGAGGGGAUGAAGAGGCUUUCCGCCUCAAACUUCAUCGCCUCCAACUGGAGGCCAUGAACCGUGGCAAGGGGAUGAUGCACGGCGUCCACUUGGAGCACCUGCCAGAUGAGGCCCCUGGCCUACAAGACUCCUGGGAAUGGGGGGGUUGCAGUCCUGAUGUGGACUUUGGGGAGAAAUUUUCCAAGGACUUCCUAGAUUCUCGGGAGAUCCAUCGUGACCUCCCAUCCCGUAUGAGGCUUCACAACAACCGUGUUGGCCGGCAGGUGGUGAUGGAGAACAUGAAGCGAAAAUGCAAGUGUCAUGGAACUUCAGGAAGUUGCCAGCUGAAGACAUGUUGGCAGGUGACUCCUGAUUUCCGGCUGGUGGGUUCAGUGCUCAAGGAACGCUUCCAUGUGGCAACACUGAUCCGGCCCCACAACAGGAACACUGGACAGAUGGAGGUGGGCCAAGCCCGCCACCGGCGUCGUGGUGGCAUCAGUGACCUGAUCUACUUUGAGAAAUCACCUGACUUCUGUGAGAGGGAACCAAACUUGGAUUCUAUGGGCACACAGGGGCGUUUGUGCAACAAGACCAGCCCAGGCAUGGACAACUGUGAAAGCUUGUGCUGUGGACGAGGACAUAAUAUUCUGCGGCAAACCCGCAGUGAGCGAUGCAACUGCAAAUUCCACUGGUGCUGUUUUGUAGCUUGUGAGGAGUGUCGACUCACAGAGUGGGUCAGUGUCUGCAAAUGAUAUCUAUGUCUCUGUAAGCCUGCAGAAAAUUCCAUUGUUUGCCUUUGCAGCACUAAGGAUGGAGCCCUGCAUUAACAUAAAGCAGGGUUUGAGGGACUUGGUACAUGCUAACGUUUCAUAUCUCCCAUCACUUCCUUUAUGGCCGGUUACAUGAGCUCUUGAUUCCAGGAGAUCCUAUUGUACAGAUUUGAGCCUUGGCCUGAUAUUUCCAAAACACCAAGAGCUGCAUAUUAGUAAUCUUGCUGGAGACCCAGAGGUUGUCUCUGGCUGUUUCUAAGCAUUGACACCUUCAGCCACACUUGUCAAGUCUAUGAGCUGUAGUCCCUCAUAAAAUAGCUGUCAUUCCCACCAUAUCGCCAUUCAAAUUAAUGCCCUUUAAAUCCAACACUGAGAACAUUCAGGGGGUAAGGAAUACAAUAAAAUACCUGUUAACCUAGGCCAAAUUUGUUCCAUUCUGGUUAAAGUGCCAUGAGCACCUUUGUUGUUCGGGGGAGAACAAUGAAAUAAAAUGCAACGUUGGUUUUAAAGAAAUGUUUCAAAAAUGAGAUUGACGAGUUGGGGGUAGAGAGCUAUCUCUGGAUCAAGAGCCACAGGCACUGAGUGCAAAUACUGUGGUUGGUAACUUAUUUUAUUAUUGUGCGAAUAAACAUGAAUCCAGGACA